AUGAAUCAGACCCUUCCAGAGAUUCCUGUACUAUUUGAUAACACCAACAAUUAUGAUAUCCCCACUACUCAAAAGAGUGCACUACUUGACGGGUUAUACAAAGCAUUUCCAGACAGCCUGCAUCCGCUUAUGACCUCUAGCCACUUUAGCAACCUCGUUGUGCCACAGGCUCAAGCUGUUCAUUCUGAUCAUCUCAAGAAACUCUGUACUUGUGCAGCCAACAUCUUCCCCGACAUUCCAGCCAAUUACAUCAGUAAUGCUCAGUACAAACAAAAAGUCCCAAAAAACUGUCUUUGUGGCCAGACUUCUCUGGAAAAAGAGGGACAAUCCAAGAACAACACAGCAAGGCAAUGGGGUGUUACAGGUGCCACACCAGGUGCAAUAGCUGGGUUUUGUAUUAAAACUGCUGUGCUGCUUGCACCCGACACUCAAUUUAGCCAUGAUGAGCUGGGAAAAAUCUUGAAGAUCAACUAUGUCCUUAUCAUGGGUUGGAACAUCCCUUGCAUCAAGUCUAUUGUUCGGAACAUCAAUUACUCUAUCUGGGGCACUGCAGCAGGUUCUCUCAAAGAUGAAAUAUUUGACAUUGACCGCAUCCUGCUGGCCCUCAAUGUAAAGGAAGGUGAAACAAAAGCUGGAGAGAAUAUAGCUUUGCUUAUUAAUAUGGCUGUCAGUGUCACUGCUGAACUCCAGCCACCAACUAUAGUCAUAGAUUCAGAGUUUGUAGCUGGCAUUUGUGAUAAUGCUGGUGCUGUAGCCAUUGAUACUAUGCAACCUUGCAGCAGGGGGAGAAGGGAUAGGGUGGUUUUGGGAACAGCUAGGUCUAGUGCAAAGUAG